CCCUGUCAGGAGGUCAUACCUCGUACCAAACCACCACACCUGAAACAGAAAGAGGAAGUGAAAAUAGAAGUAGCUGUUUACUAUUUAUUAGCUGCUUCUGAACAUUCAGUGUUACAUCCUGCAUCUCAUGAGGAACAAGGUUCGACCAAACCAGCUAUGGAAUCCUUAUUAAACUUUACUUAUGAAUACGACCAGGACUAUGAGGAUGAAGUCUGUGACAAAAGUGAAGUGGUUGAAUUUGGAUCCAUCGCCAUUCCAAUUUUCUUUUCUAUCGUCAUCACUCUGAGUCUCACAGGAAACAUCCUCGUCCUUGUCAUUUUGGCUUUGUAUGAAAACAUGAAAUCUCUGACCAACAUCUUCAUUGCCAACCUUGCCGUCUCUGACCUUGUCUUCACUAUUGGUCUCCCCUUCUGGGCCAUCUACGACGUCUGGGGAUGGGUGUUUUCAGAGACUGCCUGCAAGAUUGUGCAUUUUGUCUUUUUCACUGGGUUUUACAGUAGCGUCCUCUUUCUGACCAUCAUGACCAUCUACAGGUAUUUGGUUGUGGUCCACCCGCUCUCUGACAUGAGUUCUCUAAAACUUGGGACUGGGUUUUUUCUGUCUGUCCUCAUGUGGAUGAUCAGCAUUGGAGCAGCCAUGCCAUCCUUGCUACAAACUGCUCUCGUCUCAGUCCAUCACAAUGGUACACACUCCUUGGGCUGUGAAUAUAAAGACAUGCAAUGGAAAAUCAUUGGUAUGUCCCAGCAGAAUGUUUUCUUCUUGGUUGCAUUUGCAGUGAUUGGUUUCUGUUACAUUCAGAUUUUAAAGAGGAUCACCAGAACAAAGUCCCGCACAAAGAACAGGGCAGUAAAAUUAGUUUUUUGCAUCGUGGCCGUCUUUUUCAUAGGCUGGGUGCCUUACAACAUGGUGAUCUUUUUGAGAGUUUUACAUCACAGUGACGUUCAGCCAUUUAAUGAUUGUGAUAUUAGUAUCCAGCUUGACUAUGCCUUUUACAUUUCUCGACUGAUUGCUUUCUCUCAUUGCUGCUUGAACCCUGUCUUCUAUGCAUUUGUUGGUGUGACGUUCAGAAAUCAUUUAAAGUCACUGCUGCAUCGAAUGUUCAGCCGCCCGAGUCCAGUUCAUGAUCAGGAAAUGAGAAUGCAGAAUCUUGUAUCACGUGGCACAAUAUACUAGAUGCAAAUAUAUUCAUCCUUCAAUAUUAGAUUAGAUUGUUUUAUGUUUCCAUGUUUAUGAUUUAAAAAUAAGUAGAUUGUUUUUAAGAUAUAUGGUCUGUCAUGUUAAGAGAAAGUGCUCCAUAGUUGACCUUUUGAAACAACCUUUUCAGCUGUCUGAAGUUUUUCAUGACUAAUGCAUGUUGGACAACAUGGGGGUCUUAUUGCUUUAUUUGAUAUAGUGCAGGUCUUGAAUAGAUUUGAAGUGCUGUCUUAAAUAAAUUCAAUCCUUUACAUAACAGUCAAAAGAGGGAAAACAGGAACUGAUAACAAAUAUGUAUGUAUUGCAUUACUCAACCAAGCAAUUAAUAUCUCCAGGCUUGUAAAAAUACUGAGUUUGUCCCACUGUUUCUCAUUUUAAAAUAAAAAUGUCAAUUAUCCUUAGCUUAAUUCAAGGUAAAGGAUAAUUUUGUCAACUUGUUAUGUUCUCUCACUGCUGCUUGAACCCUGUCUUCUAUGCAUUUGUUGGUGUGACGUUCAGAAAUCAUUUAAAGCCACUGCUGCAUCGAAUGUUCAGCCACCCGAGUCCAGUUCAUGAUCAGGAAAUAAGAAUGCAGAAUCUUGUCUCGUGUGGAUCAAUCUACCAGAUGCAAGGGCACACUGGGGAGAAAAAGUGGCUCAGAAACUCCUGACAGACUGAUCCUUCUGUUAAGAGUAGGGCACUUGAUUCCGUGCGUUCUCAAGUCGGACUCAAUGUGGACUUAAAGGGUUGACCUGGAGGCAAUCAAUCUGAAGUACUGCUGAGGUGUGCAAAAAAGUCCAGGUUGCUUUGACAGAAAUCAGUUUGUUUGCAUGAUUUGGUCUGCUUCCUGUCGUCUUCCUUCUGACAAUAUUUCAUUAAUUCCCUUUGGAGUUAAGCUUAGACCAGUUUGCUGGUUAAUCAUGCACAGUGAUAUCAAAGCAGACAUUGGUUCUUCUGUCACUGUGGUCAACAUCCGAUUCCUAAUGGAAAAAUCGUCUCCAUAAAGCCUGUGAGCAGAGGAAAGUGAGGCAUGCUCUAAAAUAUUUUGACAGACAGCAUUUUGCUGUGACUUUC